AUGGAGCGCAAUGCUGCACCCUCCGUUGAGUUGGACCGUGCCUUCCGCGGGCAUCGGGGCCCGGUGACCUCGCUGGCCUUCCAUCCGGAAGAGCAGCAGGUCGUCUCAGGCUCUCAAGAUGGCUGCUUGUUCGUCUGGCAUUUCAAAGCGCAGUUGCGACCCUUUCGCUUUGUGGGUCACAAGGGCGAAGUGCAUCAUGUGGCCAUGAGCCGCACAGGGCAGACCAUCGCUUCGGCUGCAGCGGAUCAGACGGUUCGUCUCUGGAGCAACAGCGCGCAAGGGGAGUCGCGCGUGAUGAAGGUUCACUGCGGGGCUGUUCGCAGUGUGUGUUUCUCCUGGGACGAUUCGCUGCUCCUAACGGCCUCGGACGACAAGACCGUGAAACUGUGGUCCCUGGCCACCUAUCGCUUUCAAGCUUCGCUUCUGGGGCACACCAACUGGGUCUACUCGGCAGACUUCUCCAAGAACUCUGAGCUGGUGGCCUCUGCCGGUGAGGAUCGACUGGUGCGAAUCUGGGAUGUGGAAAAGAAGGUCUCCAUCAUGACGUUCCCGGACUUCCAGGUGCCGGUGUCCAAGGCGAAGUUCCAUCCUGAUGGGUCCAGUGUGGCCGCCUGCGGCAAGGAUGGCUGUAUCAAGCUCUGGGACCUGCGGUCGCGGAAGCUUCUCCAGCAUUAUGACGCUCAUUCAGGUGCCAUCGCAUCCAUCAACUUCCACCCCAUGGGUGAGCAGCUACUGUCUGCGGGCGAGGAUGGACUGCGAAUCUGGAAUCUUCGUGAGGGUCGCUUGAUGCAUGAGGUGUCUGGCCUUAAGAAGCCGCCCACGGCGUGUGCCUUCUCACCUUCCGGGCAGAGUCUAGCAGCGGGUUCUCGUGACCACCUGGUCCUCACCUGGAACCUGAAGGCCGACCCGCCAGCGCCAGCGCCAGCGCCAGCGCCCCGGCACCCGGUCAGCACCCCGGAGCGCGCGGCGGCGCCUGCGCCGCGCCGAAGCGACGCCACGACGAAGCCCCGGGCGCCGGUGCCGGAGCCGGUGAUGGCAGACGCCACGACGAAGGCGGUGGAGGAGCCGCAGCCGCUGGCGGAGACCUUGAAGACCAUGCAAAGUCAUUUGGAGAUCAUGGCGCGCACGGUGCAAUUACUUGAUCAAAGACUUGCCCUCAACGAAGAGCAGGUGAAGGCCAUGCGAGGCGAAUUGUUACAACAGAACGCUUUGGAGAUGAAGCUGCCAUUGCCGGUGCCAUUGGUGCAGCAGGCAGUGACGGAAGUCAAAUCGCUGACGACGCAGGAGGAGGAGUUGCAGCAAGAGUUGGAGAAUCUUUUUCUGGUUGAACUCACCGAAAAAAUCGACGCCCUUGGCUCAGCGGGGCAGAGAUGGCGAUGGACUUUAAGGAGGGGGAUUGGCACUGCGCCAGUUGCGGUGACCAUCAGUUUGCGCGCAACACCAGCUGCCGGAAAUGUGGUGCUGCCAGAGACGCCGGGGCAGCUCAGCUUCAACUAUGGUUCCAGCGGGGCGGAGGCUCCCCGGGCCACCAUUUCGGGGCGACCCAUCAUGAAGGUGGCGCCCUCCUCUCAGCAGAAGGAGGAUACCAGCGGUGAUUGGAAUUGCCCUCAAUGUGGUGAUUACCAGUUCGGGCGGAACGCUUCCUGCCGCAAGUGUGGGGCACCAAAACCUGCGAAGAUCACUGCGCCUGCAGUCAGAAACACGGAUUUCAAGGAUGGCGACUGGAAUUGCCCAGACUGUGGCGAUCACCAGUUUGCGCGAAACGCCAGCUGCCGGCGUUGUGGGGCGGCACGCCCCACGGUCACUGCCGCGGCGCUUGCAACGCCCCGCAGCUUCACCGAACGGCGUCAGCCCAUCCCGGCGAUGGUGGCGACUCCGGUGGAAAAAGGCUUUAUGUCGGGCGAUUGGCAUUGUCCGGCAUGUGGAGACCACCAGUUUGCGCGCAAUGCCAGCUGCCGUCGCUGCGGAGCCGAACGGCCCGCGGUUGGAGCGGCGCCGGUCUUACCGCGGGGAGUGCAGCCGGUCAUUGAAAUCGAUGGGACUCGCUACAUUGCAGCUCCGAUUCAGCCAACGCAGAGCCAAGCCUACACUCCCGUGGUGCGACCAAGCAACGGCCAAGAAUUUAAGGCAGGCGAUUGGUCGUGCCCUGCGUGUGGUGACCAUCAGUUCGAGCGCAACGCCACGUGCCGCAAGUGCGGAACGCCAAAGCCGGCAGUGCCAACGGUGUCAAGCGCAGGUCCUACCAUUCGUGGUCCAGCCGCCACGCUGCUGGCGGAGAUCCAGUCGCGCCACGCGGAUCGCAAAACGGGCAGUGACUUCAAGCCUGGCGACUGGGUUUGUCCAGGGUGUGGAGACCACCAAUUUCAGCGCAACGAAAACUGUCGCAAGUGUGGCACUGCCAGGCCCUCGGGCGAGCCAUUGACAUCAAGCAACAACCUCCCGAUGAAACCUGGGGAUUGGCUCUGCCCGGCAUGUGGUGACAUGCAGUUCGCCAGAAAUGAACGUUGUCGAAGGUGCGGUGCUGAUCGACCCGAGGCUGAGGAGAUGGCCCGCUCUCGCAGCCCGCGUCGAAUGUGUGGGGGAUCUCCAGCCACUGGCGGGCAGCGACCAUCCUCCAGCCUUGCUGGCUACGCCUCCAGUGGUGCGGAAACUCGUUUGGCUGUGGCGAUGGUCCACAGUUUCUACAUGUUGAACUUGUGGAUUUGGUGGAUCUGGCGGAUGGCAGCGAUAGCUGCGGCCACUGUGGUGAACCAGGAGUCCAUCGUGGUGUCUCUGUCGGAUUCUGGCAUGGUUCGACGGGAGAAAUUGGAGAAGUGGAGUCAGAAGUGGCAUGUGAAGUGUGAGACGACCAAAGGAACUUUUCAUCUUCAAACCACCCCAGAAUCUCCUCAAGGAGUCCGACGUUUUCUGGAUUUGGUGCGGGAUGGAUUUUUUCGAGAUCAGGCAAUCUUCCGUGCUGUACGUGGCUCCCUGGUGCAGUUCGGCAUCAGCGACGCUCGCGAGCUGAACGAGAAGUGGUCCCCCAGCAUCCCCGACGACGCCGUCGCCCAAGCGGUUGCGCCGCGUCGCUUGCCGAGAGGGACCUUAAGCUUCGCAGGGACGGGGCCACACACGCGGAACACGCAGAUCUUCAUCACAUUGUCGGACCAAGCGAUCACAAAGCCAUGGGAAACAGCCAUUGGACAUGUGCUGGAAGAAGAUUUGCCGGUCUUGGAUCGGCUCUUUACGGGCUACGCCGAUGCGGUGGAUCCUGAGGACUUGCGACAGCACGGCAACGACUUUCUCAGGGAAUUCUAUCCGCGCUUGGACUACAUCCAAAGCUGCUUCGCCUUCCAAUGGGCACUGCCAUGGCACCUCGCCGAUCGGCGCACAGACCAGUCCGAGGCCUGUCAUUGCAAUGCACUCACCGGUGUCUCCACACAGGAGCUCCACGUCUCGACCUGCGGAACUGGGUGGAGAUCACUGAACUUGCUCCUAGAAAGGCUCACGGCGGCUGAGAGCGAAAAGAGGUGGACCACGCAAGAGCUGGGCUUAAGCUUUGCACCAGAGAGCCGUGUUAGCCUGCCGGGCCUGCCUCAAGGAUAUCCCCCGACCAGCGAACCUCGCGAGCCGCCUCCCGCUUCUGCUGCCGCAGCGGCCGCUGCGGAAGCGGCGGCGGCCGCCGCAUGGCCGGCACGAGCCUUUGAGGAGCAAGUGGAGCAUCAAGUGGAGCAUGUGGAGCAUGUGGAGCAUGUCCAAGAUCAGGGCAGUGUUGAGACAUCCUCUGCCCGCGGACAGAGCGAGGCAGAGCCCAUGAACAGCCCCCGGACGCAGCCCACAGUUCCAGCGCAUUCCGAGAAGCCGUUAGAGGUCAUGGUGGAUGACGAACCAGAGGUGUUCUUGGAGAUGAUCAGAUUCGUGUACUUGAACACUUGCCAUGUGGACCAAGGGAAUGUGAAGGCGCUGAUGCACAUCGCGGACAAGUACUGCAUCGAAGACAUCGUGAAGCACUGCCUGCAGUGGAUGCAAGACAAUUUCACCGUGGGACUGUUCUAUCACCUGCUGACUGUACAGAUGUCCCACGAGCAUUUCGGGCGACUCUUGUGGAACAGCUUGCUGAAAGCCCUGCGAAGUCGACGCCAUUUCGCCCUGGUGACCGCAGAUGCUGAAGAGCAUUUGGAGAAGUUGCCAGUGUCUUUUGUGGAAGCCUUGCUGCGUUCCGACGAGCUGCCCGUGAUCAGCGAAAUCGAGGUGAUACACCUCAUUGCUCGCUGGGCGCGAGGGGCCCUUGCUCGUCAGGAGAAGCGGAGUUCCCAUGAGGAAGACUGCGAGCGUAACUCUCACGAGGACGUGCACGAGAUCCGGAGCCAUGAGACCUGCGAAGAAGAGGCGCAGGAUGGUUACUCAGACAUUGGCAGCACGCAGCUGGCUGCCGUGGCUCUCAGUGAUACGGAGAUGGCCUUGGCCACGAUGACAGAGACCUGCAGCUGCGGCACGGCCGAUGCUGACGAAGAUAUGCACAAGGAGGACUGCAAGGCAAGAACGCGAGGAGAGAUGUUGAGACUUCUGGGAGCGGUGCGGAAAAGCAAUACCUUGGUGCGGCUGGCCGAUAUGGAGCCGAUGUUUCAAAUUCUGGGCCUGAAUAGGCUCUUCUGCAACAAAGUGCCACGGGAGACCUCGGCCUUAGAUCCGGGCUUUGUGAUCUACCGUGGUGUGGCUGGGGUCAAUACCCCCAGCGGCGUCUUUGGGGACCAUUCCAACAUGGUCCCGCACGCUUGGAAGGGCGUGAGUGUCUCACUUGGUAGCCAUGACUUCCUACAGCAACAGGAAGGGUUCAAGCCGAACACCGUGCCUGAGGGAGGCACCAGCGUCUUUCCUCGGCUCUGGGUGCGCAUCACCUGCUCCUCGUGGUCACAUCGAGAGAAGCGACCCUCCAAGAGCACUUCGGGGCAUAGCCGGCAUUCCGGGCCAUUAGGUGCUCAGAUCCCAGAUACCUCCUCCUGGGAGUCAGUGCCCACUCAUCUUAUGGGCAUCUUGCCUGUGAACGAGGAACCUUGCAGCAAGUUCCCACCGACGUUGAAGACGAUGCAGUCACAGGAUGACUGGGAAAUUGGUCGCACAAAGACCCUGCGGCCGCCGAAUACUGGGUGUUUCCCAGAUCUGAUCAACAACGAGAAGAUCGAGCACAAAGUCGUUUGUGCUGUGAUCAGCGGACAGAUGCGUCACGGCAUCCGCAUCGGGCAACGCGAGCGUAGCUCGAUCUACGACAUCGAAGAGCUUUACGGUCACAGUGAAGAACUUUGCCUUGGAGGUUCCCCGACGGAAGUGGAGUUUGAGCUCCAGCUGAAGGUUCAAGCUCCAAGUCCCUGUGGUAUCUGUCGAUGUUCGCUGGCCGUUCUGCAGCCGGAAAGUGCCACGUCUCCGCUGGAGCAAAGCAACGAUGCAUUGCUGGAAGUCAGUUUCGAUGCAUCCGCGGAGGAGCACUUACAUUUUUACAUCUCCUCAUCCUACUUCGAUUCCAACAGCAGCUACACUGUGGCGCUCAAUUGGGUCUUGCGACCCGGUUUGAGACUGGAAGCUGACAUGGAUUCCGAUAACGAUCAUGUCUCGCCCAACUGA